GCGCUCUUCAGCUAUACGUGGACAUUUCCAGGUUCGGUAGAGAAGGAAGGGGAACGAGUGAGGUGUGCACUGCAGGUCGCAGCAGCUGUUUGGUCCUUGCUUAUUAAGUUCCGCCUAUCGGCACGCCCUUGUCCCUGUAAUAAAUAUCGACCUCCACAGCUCACCGGGGCCGUUUCCUGCUUCUCUCUUCCCGCCACUGCCUAUUCCCCGGACCGUGUUGCCCAUCCCAUCGCCUUCACUCUCAGAAGACCAUGGAGACGGAAAUUGAACAGCAAGACGAUACUUCAUUCGGCAACACAGAGACAAACGGUAAGCGCCCUGCUGAGGAUGCAGAUGAUCAGAAAUCAUUCAAGCGCUCCAGGAACUCAGACGAGAUGGUUGAGCUUCGAAUCCUCCUGCAGAGCAAAAAUGCAGGAGCUGUAAUUGGGAAGGCUGGCAAAAACAUCAAAGCCCUCCGUACAGACUACAAUGCCAGUGUGUCAGUCCCAGACAGCAGUGGGCCUGAGCGCAUCCUGAGCAUCAGUGCCGACAUCGAGACAAUUGGAGAAAUCCUGCUGAAGAUUAUCCCAACAUUGGAAGAGUACCAGCAGUACAAUGGUAUGGAUUUUGACUGUGAGCUGCGAUUGCUGAUCCACCAGAGUCUGGCUGGCUCCAUCAUUGGAGUGAAGGGAGCCAAGAUCAAGGAGCUCAGAGAGAACACAAAGACCAGCAUCAAGCUGUUUCAGGAGUGUUGUCCUCAGUCAACAGACCGUGUGGUGCUGGUUGGCGGCAAAACUGAGAGAGUGGUUGAGUGUAUCAAGACUAUGCUGGAGCUCAUCGCUGAAGCUCCCAUAAAGGGCCGUGCACAGCCGUACGACCCUAACUUCUACGACGAAACUUAUGAAUAUGGUGGUUUCACCGUAGUAUUUGAAGAGAGGGGAGGAGGUCGCAGGCUUAUGGGAGGGUUCCCCAUGCGUGGGGGCAGGUCCAGCGGUGGAGACCGUGGGUUUGAUCGAAUGCCCUCGAGCAGAGGGGGGCGGGGACCCAUGCCUCCCUCCCGACGAGAAUACGAGGAGAUAAGCCCUCGCAGAGGUCCUCCUCCACCCCCCCACCCAAGUAGGGUUGGCAGGGGGAGCGGCCGUGGACGCAACAUGCCCAUGGGACACCCACACAGAGGGGGAGAAGAUCGUUACUAUGACUCGUACCGUGGAUCAGAUGACAGGUCCAAUGACAGAAGAGGCAGACCAGAUCGCUAUAGCGAUAACAUGAGUGGAGGAGGAUAUGACAACAGUUCCUCCUGGGAUAGCUACCCGUCAGGCGGACGUGGCUCUUAUAAUGACAUGGGUGGCCCCGUCAUCACCACACAAGUGACGAUCCCUAAAGAUCUGGCUGGCUCCAUCAUUGGUAAGGGAGGCCAGCGGAUCAAACAGAUACGCCAUGAGUCAGGAGCCUCCAUCAAGAUCGAUGAGCCUCUGGAAGGUUCUGAGGACCGCAUAAUCACUAUCACUGGCACCCAGGAUCAGAUCCAGAACGCCCAGUACCUCCUACAGAACAGUGUGCUGCACCUGCUUGGACACAAGGACUAACCCCCCCCUUCUCCUCCUCCUCCGCACUUUGUCAGCCAUUUAUUUUACAUCCCCCACCACCCCCCACCACCCGCUCUCUGCCCGUCUUUCUUUCUCUCGGUCUCCCUGCUCCGCCUCCCCACCCGUUUCCUCCCAAGAUUCCAUCCUCCAACAGUUGCAUAGCGAUAUAUUUACACUGUGAUUGACUUGUGAAUUGCAAUGUUCCUCUUGUGUAUUUUAUUUAUUUGUCCACUCUUCUUAUUUCAGUGUGAAGCAGUACUCUGGUCAUUUGCUGUAGACCCAGGAGACUCAGAUUGAAGCAAACUCAGAUUUCCCCCCUCUGCCCCCUCCCCUCAACCUUUCUGCCCCUUUCCAACACAUCCCCUUCAGACUAUUAUUCUGGAUUGUGGGUGUCUUUUUUGAAUUUAUUUUUGUAUUUUUUAAUGAAACAUGUCCGACAUUCCUGUGCAUAAAAAAAAAAGUAGAUGUUCCGCAUUUUGUGGUCCAUUAGUUUAUCGCAUACACUUUGUUUUUUUUGUUUUUUAACACUCAUCUACCAAAAUAUUCUUCAGUCUCCUGACCGACAAAUAAACAUAACCUUCAUUUUUUGAUGGUUUGGAUUUUUAUGACUUGUAUGUGUAUGCUUGUCUCCUGUUCAAAUCUGUUGUGUGGGUGAGUGCUUGUCUAUAUCAGUCCCUUCACACACAGUUGUACCACAUUUCCACUGUGCAACAUGCAGAGAAUGUAAGCUACACUUCUUUGAAUUUUAAACUGUUUGUUUUUUAUUUUAGAGAUGUGGAAGUUUAGAAUGGAUUUGGAGAUGUUUAAGUUAGGACUCUUGUUAAAACCAGAGAAGAAUUUGUAAGAAUAUCCAUGGUAGUUGUGUGAUGACAUAAAUUCAAAUAAUUUGAGUAACAACUCACAAACGGUAUUGUGUAGCUAGAAAUUAGUUUUGACAUUUUAUUUGAGUUUUGACAAAUGAUAUUGAACUUAUCUAUUUUGUCCCUGCAAGUUCCUGUGCUCUGCACCUGUUUGCUCUCCAUGCUGUAGACGUCACGUUGUCAAAUUGUAAAAUGAAUAAAGAUGGUGCCACUUUUUACUGAA